AUAGCCUGUAGUGCGCAGACUCGAGCGAAAGCGUCCAGUUGCUUGGUUACGAAAAAGUUCUCCCGGGUGUAACUAGCUAGAUUUCUAAACAUUACAGAUGAGGUAUGGUCCUUUUAGUGUGGGCGGCUGCCCCAGUGAGAUUCUGGAUGAGACCCACUGCUUUUGGGUCAUGUGCCCACAUCCCGGCUGCUGGGAGGCGGCACAGCGUGUGGCCAGAGGCGUCGCGAGACGCAGACAGUCCAGAACACCUGUCAGGAGUAAGGCUCUUUUACAAGAAGAGUUUCCUACUCUUAACAUUGUGAAUGUGUCAGAGUGGGCAAAAACCAGAAAGCCUCCAAAGAAAAAGAUGCUUUCCAGAGCAUUUAAUUCAGAGAACUGUCACUCAGUCACCUCCCAAUCCCAACUCUGCAGCCAAUCCCAGAAUUUCCUGAAGGACUCUAAUGUAAGAUUGGAGAGUCUGAAGGACCUUCACUUUCCUGAUCUUACCUCUGCUGCUAAGAUCCCCCACUCCACCACUUACAAGUGCAACAAGGAUGUUAAGCUAAGCCUGGCCCAAAUCAGCCCUUUAGAGGGUUCUUCUGGAGCCUUGUGUGGCAGUGUCUCCAUGGUGGUGUGGAUCCCCAACCCCAACCGCAUCUCCCGCGGGCCCUCUCACAGCAGACGGAAAUCUCCGAACAUCGCUGUGAGAGACCUCGCUUGCGUUCCUUCCUCCCAUUCGUAUGACGUCCCGAAACCGAACAGAAAGAAAUCCAUAAAUGUUAAGAAGACUGAACACCUCCAGCUGACAUCAGCCAAUGGGAGGCCACCUGCCUCUGGUCACAUGGUUUCUCAGAUAGCACUCGACACAUCAGACACUGACCUCGCAGAAUCAGCCGUCACAGCUGAACCUGUGCUCGCCCCUGGUGGGAUCCGGGGGGUCCUGCAGCCGGAGCCUGCGUCUGAAGCCCCCCCUGGCCCCCAUCCCAGCCCAGCGAGCAGGGAGCCCAGCGCCUGCCUCAGGAACAAGCCAGCAGCUGUCCACAGCGACAGGGAGAGAGGGCCGAGGAGAGAGCCCGGCCCGCACGCCCUGACCCACCGUGCCCAAUACAGGCUGGACAGCGCGAAUGGGGCUGAAGGAAUCGAUUGGCUGAGACUCAGGAGUCAGGCGUAUCUUUGGAAGAAGCACAACCAACGGCAGAGCUGCGACAAAGACAAGUCCGCCUUGGCACCGCCCAAGCCCCACCACCUCUCUAAAGCCACGCUACACCACCACCACAGGGGUUCACUGGAAAUAGGCCCUGCAGUGUGCGGCUGUGUGGAGUGUGUGGAGGAGACGUGGGGGUGUGGGGCGGGGGGCUUUCCCACACUCAGUCAGAGCUCCGAGCUGAUGCACCACACUGCUUUACGCCAGCCCUUAGACACAGGCCACAUUGGUGACAGGAAGCUGAACGGUGAACACAUCGUGGGCUCCCGCCACUCUGCGCUAGAGCGAAUGCGCUUCAGAGCCACACUGCAGGACAGCCUGGGACAGGAGAGGGGCAGCGUGGGAAGGGCUUCUGGGAGGAGUCUGAGCAGAGGCAGAGAGGAUCUCCACGGAAGCGUCUCGGAUUCGGAGGAUGAGGACUUCGGGCCUUCGGAGUCUAAUCUGUCUGCGCCGCCGCCGAGCCUGAGGUCCGACCUGGCCGACUGAACUGCGACGGCAGUGUGGAGGGGUCAAAGGUCACGGGCCAGCCACCCAGGCCUAGCAUCCCCACGAGGCAGGAGAGCAGAAGAUGAAUGUGUUCAGCUUGCAUUCAUGUUCAAUGGUGCAACCUUUGGAGAAGUCAGGUAGCUGUGGCGUCAUUCAACACAGAAGGGUCUGAAGGAUUUUCCCUGUUUCGAAGUGAUGGGGGGCAGCCUGUAGCCUAGUAGCUAAGGUACAUGACUGGGACCCGGGAGGUUGGUUUAAGCCCUGUCGUAGCCGCAGUAAGAUCUUGACCAUGCAUCAACUGUCAGUCGCUUUGGAUAAAAUCAUCAGCUAAAUAACAAAAUAUUAUAAUUACUAUGAUGGGAUUAGAGGUGCUGAGUGGUCUGUUCUUAUCAUCAAAUGUUUUUAUGCUUAUUUGCAAGAGAAGCUGCUGCAGGUGCACUAGAGGUGAAUGUUUGCUUGUCUACAGGGGGUGCUGGCAGUGAUUUAGAGCUUCAUGAAAAGAUGUCACAUUGGGACCAGUCUCCAUUGAAUGAAGCUAUACAUGAUCGUUUUGUAUUUUCCCGGCUAUGGGCCCCUAGAAUUAUUCCCACCUUUCUCUCCACUCAGGGCAAUGCUGCUUGUCUGAAUUUAAUUGCUGGAUGACAUUGCAACAGUGGGAAAGGUUUAUGAAUCUGAUUUGCAAUUCCAAAUUGGGACGAAAUAGCUAUGUAAGAAUGUUUUUCCCACUCUUUUGGAUAGGCAGGACAGUAAAUAUACAUGUAUUAUCUCUUAUGGAGUUGCAAAUUGCAGUCCUGAUAUUCUCUCAUGCACUAUGUUUGAAUAUUCCUCUGUCUGCCAACCUUCAGUUGGUUGUAUGUACAAUAUAUGUACAAGCUAUAUAUGUACAACCCCUUGGGUCCUAACUGUCUAUGUGUAGACUGGCGCUAUAAAUGAACAUGUGUUGUUAACAUGCUAUUUUUCUAAAUGGCAAACAGUGAAAUUACAUGAGCAUGUGAGUGGAUAUUUAGAUACAUGUACAUUAAAGGUUUGGAAUUACUUGCAGGCUCAAAUUUGUCACAAGAAACGAGUGGUUCAAGUUCCAUGUGGCUAUAGCCUUGGGCAAGGUAAUUGCCAUGAAUUGCUUUAGAAAAUAUUCAGCACUAUAAAUGAAUAAUAUGUGAAAUACAUACAUAUUAGGAGUAGUUGUGUAAGUUGCU